GAGUUGGCUGUGUGCGUGAGUUGGCCCAUGUGCGUGUGCAAUCGCGUGAGCCAGUGUGUGUAGGUAAUACUAGCAGCGAGGCGAAGAAGAAACGCUGAAAAUUAAGGUUAGAGAGCAGCAGCCACCAAACAGCCAGCAGAAAAGGAAAAACGGCGAAAAAGCAGCAGCCAGCUAGCAUAAAAAAACACCCAUCCACAAAAUCAUGGACAGCGCCGGUAAAAAUCGUUAUGAACUCUUGUUCAUGGACGACGAUGUCAGCGAUCCAUUAGAUAAUCUUGUGGCGCCGACGGCCGCCGCAGCAGCAGCUGGCAAGAAGAAGCAGCCGUCAGCUGCUGCAGCGGCCACCAAAACGACCGCCAAGGUGACCAACAACAAGGCGGCCGCAGGAUCCAAUAUUGGAGGACCCAAUGCCAAGAAACCAAAUCAGGCCGAGAAGGAGAACAAGCCCAACAAUGCUUUAAGCAAAACCGAUGGCAGGAAGUUUGCCCCAUCUGCAGACAAACAGUUCAACAACAACGGCAACAAACAACAAGGUGCUCCGAGGCCAGGGGGUGGCGCCAACCGAGCACGUGAAUUUGGCAGCGGUCAAGGACAGGGUCAAGGACAAGGUGGGCAGGGGGGACAGCAGCAGCGCAGCGUCAACUUCCGUCAACAGAAUGGCAAUGGCAACAACGCAGAGACCCGCGAGCAGCGCAACAAUCGUCGCAACGUCCGCGAAAAUGGUGGUGCACCCGAUGGCCAGCAGUCGCGCCCUUACCGCGGACCAGGUGGCGGUCAAGGCGGUGCCGGUGGAGAUCGCCCGCAGCGCCAGAACCGCAACUACGACGGCCAGAACAGAAAGCGCGAGUUCGAUCGCCAGUCGGGAUCUGAUAGAACCGGUGUGAAAUCAAUUGACAAGCGCGAUGGAGCUGGUUCCCACAACUGGGGAUCGGUCAAAGAGGCUAUUGAUGAUGUGAACAAGAACGAAAGCGAGACCAAUGUGAGCAAUGCAGAGGGUGGCGCCAAGGCUGACGAAUCGGCAACUGAACAACAGAACGAGCAGCAGGCUGCCGCCGAGGAGGAGGCCAAAGAGCUGACCCUGGACGAAUGGAAGGCACAGCAAGGACAGCGCGUUAAGCCGACCUUCAACAUCCGCAAGGCUGGAGAAGGUGAGGAUACCACACAAUGGAAGAAAAUGGUCGUCUUGACUAGCAACAAAAAGAAGGAGAAUGACAGCGAAGAGGAGCUCGAGUAUGAUCCUGCACUGUAUCCACAGCGCGUGGGCAGGCAGCAGCGUGUUCUGGACAUUCAGUUUAACUUCAACGAUGGCCGACGUGGUGGACCUGGUGGAUUCGGAGGACGCGGUGGUCGUGGAGGUCCAAGACCCGGCGGAUUUGGCGGCGGACCACGCAGCGAUGGAGGCAAUCGUGAGGGUGGCGGUAACAACCGUGAGGGUGGAAACCGUGGCCCGCGGGAUGGCCAAUCUGGCCAACAGCAGCACCAAAAUAACGAGGGCGGUGCUCCGUCCGCUCAAAACCAGAGGCCGCCCAUCGACCGUCGCGGUCCUGGCAAUAACCAAAACAACAAUCAGAACAGUGGUUCAGGGCAAAACAAGCGUUUCGAGAGGCAACAGAACACCGCUCCCAAGGUCAAUGACGAACGUCAGUUCCCCACACUGGCUUAAAUCGCGAGUGGAAGUGUUUUGACCAGGAGGUGUUCCUCAAAUUGCAGUUUUUGGUGACUGAAGAUGAAGAAGGAGAAGCAGCAAGUUACCAAAAUGAAUUCUUAUAAAUUACAUAUAUCACAGACAAAAAACUUUUUAAAAACAAAAAACAAAAAAGGGGGAAAAAAGAAACAAUUGUAGCCGCCAUAUAAGCCAAAAGCAACAAAGAAUACCAACAAGCUAAGCAAAAAAAAAAUGGAUAAUAAAUUAUGCAUAUAUAUUAAAUAUAUGAAGAGAACACACGAAAAGCAAUUUUAGUUUAUGCGUGGCCAACUAAUCUGAUUUUACCCGAUAAAAUCGCGAUCAAGCAAGUGACCUCGUGUAAACUAGUCAAAGUCAGGCUAAGUCAUCCAUACUCAUUAUGGAUUUUAUUACUAACGUCUGUUCACAAUCGUCGAUAUCGAUACGAGAUUUGUUUCGAGAUUUAUCUAGAAAACGGCAUGGGCGGAGAAAAUAGAAAUUGUUUUAAGAACAUCAACCAAAAUCAGAUGUAAAGUUGUUUUUUUUAUGUUAUUACCACUCACUUAAUCAAAAAAUCAUCCUACCUAAUAAAACGAAUUGCAUUCGCUAACCAGUGAACAAGGCAAAUAAAAUAAACUAAAGAUAAAAUAUAAAAUAAACAACAUCACGGUCUGACAAAUUCUUCGAUAGAACGAAGCAAAACACACUAAAUACAUUACAAUAGUUUGUUUUCAUCGGGAGAACCGUCAAAGCAUUUUCAUAACUCAUAUAAUUUCUUGUCCUAUUACGAAUCCAUUUUUCGUAGCGAAAUGUACGUUUUAUUAUUUUUACUAUGUUAACUUUUAUUUAAAAUAAAUAAAAACAGAAGGGACAAAUAUUAAAAUCAGUAGAUGGAAAAAGAAACCCAAAACCGAAAGAAUAGUAAGUGUUAAAUCCUUUGUAAUUGUGUUUCUUCGAUGCGAAUUCUAUAAUUAAACAUUUAAAUUUAAUAAUUAUAAAGCAACUAUGCAUCAUAUAUACUACUUUUAAUUAUAAAAACCUAACUGAACCACACACACACACUGAAAUACAAAAACAAAACAAUAUUAAUUUAAGCAUUAUUAAAGAAAUAAAAACAAAAAUUAUUGAUUAACUAUUGGAGCAAAUUAUAAACCUUUAAUAAGUAGAUUUACAGUUGGAGAGGGCCCCGCUUUCAAAAAAAAGAUAUUAGGAAAGUCAAAGAAAAAAACCUAUCCAAAAAAAACGCCAAUAUGAAUAUGAAAAUCCCUGUAAAAUCGUUUGCUUCUAUUAACUAGAAACUGUAUAAAUUAUAUGAGAUAUAUAUUCGUACAUACAUGGUAAAAUCAAUUUUAUGACGGCAAACCAACACACAAAACAAAAGAAUAAGAAAAAGCGAAGUGAGGAAAAGAAAAUAACUCGUAGAUGAACAAAAUAUACGACAUUUUUUGAAAUAUUGUAUUUUGACCCAAAGAAACAAACCAUUCAACAACCAAAUGUUGAGCAACUCGUUUAAACAUAAAAAAAAGAAAAUUUAUUUGAUAAAAAUAAAGAAACAAAAAACA